CGUCUCAUUCAAAUCUCCUUCCAUCAAUGUCUCUCCAGCUCGAAACCUCCAGCUCGGUUUCCUUCUUAUCUUCAGAUAUGAAAUGGAGCCGCCGCUUUAUAGGACCUUGACGAAUCACCAACUGUGUGGAACCGGCACCCGUUUCGAUUCUCUUCAUUGAGAAUAGUCAAAAACUGUCUUAAUUGUUGAGCCAGGAAAAUCUGUUUGGUUUUCUCCAGAAUUUCAAAUUUUCCUUGGAAGCAAUCAAAAUCUGUCUAUAGGAAGCGGAACCUUCGCAGAAACUAGUGGUUAGCGUGCGAUGUGAUUUAUCGUUUCUUGUUAGCUCAGCUUUUAAUCGAAACCCUAAUUAUCCUCUAUGGGCUUGGAAAGUGAAGGAAAUAGUGUUCGCAGUAACGUUUCGGAUUUGAAUCAGCUUUGAAGGAAAUACGAUUCGUAUUUAAAUAUGGAGGAGUCGGAAAAUCCAUCGACGAUGACGGUUACAACCGCCGCUUCUGAAGAAGCCACAAGCUUAUCCGGUAAUUUACUACCAGUCGAACCGCCAAAGAAGAAACGAAACCUCCCUGGAAUGCCUGAUCCAGAUGCGGAGGUGAUUGCGUUAUCGCCAAAAACUCUUAUGGCCACAAACCGAUUCGUGUGCGAGAUCUGCGGGAAGGGAUUUCAACGCGACCAGAACUUGCAGCUUCACAUGAGAGGCCACAAUCUUCCGUGGAAACUGAAGCAGCGAACGGGCAAAGAAAUCCGUAAGCGUGUUUACGUGUGCCCGGAGCCAUCGUGCGUUCACCACAACCCGACGAGGGCACUCGGUGACUUGACUGGCAUCAAGAAGCACUUCUGUAGAAAGCACGGUGAGAAGAAGUGGAAGUGCGAGAGGUGCUCGAAGAAAUACGCUGUGCAGUCCGAUUGGAAGGCGCACAUGAAAACGUGCGGCAGUAGAGAAUAUAAAUGUGACUGCGGCACUAUCUUCUCCAGGCGCGAUAACUUUAUAACACACAGGGCGUUCUGCGAUGCAUUGGCACAGGAAAGUGCGAGAGAACAAGCCCUCUCGGUUUCUGUUACAGAAGGAAAUGUGGGUGCCAGUGCCAAUGCCAAGAGAGUGGUUACUUCGCCGCCACCGCCUCCUCAUACCCCGUCUACUACUGUAGUCUCUCCGGGCGUGUCUGUUCAAAGUUCAGAAUUGGCUGAAAAUCCAAUUGGGAUCUCACCACCUUCAUCUGGUUCUGCCUGCUUCACCUCGAGUACUAGUGCAAGCACCAGUGUUUUCGCGAGUAAAUUUGCCGUCUCAACAGCAGCAGAAACACCGGCAAUAUCACAAGCAUCAUCAUCCUUCGCUCGUCCAGACUACAAGUCUGGAACUACAGCUCUGGAACCCACAUUACUGACUCUCUCCCCAUCUCUGUAUCUCUCCACCAAGACAGCUUCUCUCUUCCCAGCACAAAAUCAAGAUCAUGGAAACUACAGUACUCCAAGUGCACAACCGGCCUUGUCCGCAACCGCAUUGCUUCAGAAGGCGGCUCAAAUGGGAGUUUCAUCAUCAAACCCAUCGUUUCUUCGUGGGAUCGCUUUAUCAGGUUCUCCAUCAGAUGGGAUUGUGAAACAAGAGAGGGAUUUGGUGGCAGCUGGGCUUGGGCUUGCUUUGCCCUCUGGUGACGUUAUGGUCGGCCCAUCGUCUCUGUUUGGAGACAAGCCCACCACGCUUGAUCUUUUUGGGCUGGGCGUGGAUGGUGGUGCUUCUUCAAGAGGGUUUUCUGCCCUGUUAAAUUCCUUUGGAGGCGACUUCAAUGUCGGUGGUCCAACGGCGUCGUAUGGUGGAAGAGGAGGGAGUUCCCCUGGAGGAAACACAUAGGAAGAUCCACCACAUAGAGAGAAAAAUGGAUUAUAAAUGUAAGACAUUUUCCUCUUACUGAUUUUGCCUUUAUCAUGGGUUAAUUAUGGCUUUUGCUUUCUCUUGGUCUGGUUAUUUUAUACAGAGAAGACAGCAAGGGAAAUCCUCCAUAGAGUUCAGACGCAUUUGCAUUUACAAAUUUGUCUUUAGUUGUGUACAUGGAUUUGUAGUUAUUAGUGAGCAAAAUCUAGAGAGUAAUACAGUUAGGAGUAAGGAAUUUUUUUUUUUAAAAUACAAUUGUAAAAUAUGUUUCUCAUUGGAGUCGAACCUUGAUCACACAUAUGCCUAA